AUGUCGGUGAUGAGCUGUAGAAGGGUCCGCCUGACACGCCGAUCCCUGCACCGUAGCAGUAUGGCAGACGAUGCUGCUAAUGAUCAGAAAAGGGGGACACCAGCUUGUGUCCAAUGCUUUUCUGUGACCGGCCCCAAAAAAAUGACCUGGGCACAUGGGACCAUCAAAGCCUACAGGACCGGCUAUCUGGACUCCAAUUUGCCACCAGGAGGUAUGCGGUGGCGGAGGAAAGACUCCAUCUUGUUUGUCCAGUGGAUGGACAUCGUAGAUGUUUUUCUUUGCUCCACCCUGCACACAGCUCACGGAGGGGACGCGGUCCAGCGGAGGGUCAAAGGAGCAGAUGGGCAGUGGGCACAGAGGGAUAUCCCAGUUCCACCAGCAGUGAAGGAGUACAACCGGUACGGGGGGAGUCGACCUGUCAGAUGCUCUGAUAGGAUACAAGGUCCUGCACAAAACACAGAGGUGGUACGGGACUUUCUUCUACCACUUCAUGGACAUCGCCUGCACAAAGAGCUUGCCAGGAGCAAAGGUGAUGUCUCCUUGGGCCAGAAGGCAUUCAGGGAGACCUUAGCCAUGGAGUUGGCAAAUGAGGGGUCUACCACACAUGAGCUGGGACCUCCUUCUCCUUGCCAUCAUCACAGACCGGGUCCUUUCUUAUUAACCUCUUCUAAAGAAUGACCACUAGAGAUAAAUGUAAAAUCAGUUGUUUACUGUUAAGUUGCCAUGUUUUCAUCAACACUGUAUUUUGAAAGUUUAACUGAGUAGUAAUCGUUAAAUCUAGAUCAGUGUCUAAAAAUGAAGAUUAGUAAUCAUGCAUUCUGAUCUCCAUUUGUUUCUACAUAUUAGACUUUUUCUUUAUGAAUCAAAUUAAUACAUUUUUUAUGACUACCACUAAAGAAAACUCAUUUAAAUUAUUUUCUAAUAGUAAAUGUUACUUUUGAAAUAUAAUAAAACCCUCUUACCUUUG